ACGCUAGCAGUGAAGGCCGUGUUCCCCGAUGCACAUCCUCUGAUCCCCGCCCCCCCAAAAAAGUGGCACCAGUAUGCUCUGGCGAGACUUGUUGGCGCGACCCGCUGAGCGAUCUGCCUAUGUAAGAUGGCGACCCACAAAGCCUUGCCGAGAAGCUGAGCAGUAAUCGAAGCCUUAAGCUGGUAGUUCCCUACCGCGGACGGUGGCUGGGAAUUUCUCUUCACCCCGGCAUAAGAUGCGCACGAAAGAAUUCGAGAUCUUGUCCAGUCGCUGAUCAGAGGCAUUGCUGGCCUUGUUUGAUAGAUGUACAAGCGCAUCGGAUGGAUUUGUAGGACAGAAAACGUUGUGAGGUUUACAAUAAUUCGACCGCAGAAGAUUUUAUCAAGUACACAUUCAUCACUAACGAACAGAUUGCAUUCAACGAAUACAUCACGGAACAAGGCGAUGCUCUUAGCCGCUUGACAGCCUGACAGACGCCACUCGUACGUACAAUUGCAUACGAUGGGCGGAAUUUGUCUACCAAUCCUGGCGGCAUCUCUAAAGGCACGAUUCCAGUAUUUGUGUGUGCCCGACGCCAACCUCCCGUUCUCUUCAAUCACUUCCACGUAUGUCCAGACGGCACAGCAACCCUGUCUGAAUGGCAGCUUCCCCGCCAUUACCGCCUCUGUUCAAUUGAGAUGUCACAAGUCCACAGCAUCCGCACUUACCGCCCGCACGGCAUACCAUGGAACUACAACAUCAGGACCACUCCUAUCUUCUGUUCCCUUCCUCCCCGUAAUUCCGGUUUGCGAUCGAUAUUGCGUCUGUAACAGAAGAAGCGUCUCGACAAUCUGGCCUACAUAUAUUAGUACACGGACGCACCCGUCAAGACCCUCAUCCGCCUAUCAGCUGAAGCUGUGCAAGGAUACUCAUCCUUUUGAGUAGACCCUUGUAAUCGGCAUUACCGACAGGCAUAUUCCCUACCAUGCAAGCGCACGCUCCUGGCCCCGACAUCUUGCUCUAACAACGUCCGCGAUUGGUUAGGUGCUGCACAAAGAGACCACACCACACCUCCGAUCCCGACUCCUCCCAACCCUCAUCUUGGGAUCGAGAACCAGACCAAAGCGGGUUGAUAUCAUUCCACAAAUGCACUUCCCCUGCAACGAUGGACGUUGCAAGUUUCAUCCAUCAUGCCUUCUUAUCCACGUGAAUGAGCAAUGGGUUAUCAGCUGCAUCCAUACAUACCCCAAUAGUUUUCCCUGAACUUGCAUACCUAGAGUACCACGAAACGCCACAAAUACCGUCAUGCAGACGAUGCCUAGGAGAAGAACCAUCAAUCAGAGCGCUUGUCUCUUCGCCAUGCAGUAGCCAUGCCCUAAUGUUUCGCCGCACAUCCGCCCACUCUCGCUGUCGAGCAGGUAGUAGACGUGUGCCGCUCCACCCCCUUCCAGCUUCAGUGCCUCAUGUGGCCAAAUACUGUGAUGUGCAUAUUAUGUAUGUGCGCAAGAGGUUACCUACCAAACUGUACGAUGCCAUGAUUAGAAACACCGUCUCCUUUUGCGACCACUCUGCAGAAGACCGGUGUGCGUUGGCGGGAUUGCAGCGAUCGAAGCAGCAGUCAAAAGCGACAAGCAAAAAAAGUCCCUCCCCCUUUCCCAUCUUCGCCGCCGCAUACUUGCCUCCCUUCCCCAUCUCAAUAUUCAUGCGUCUUUCCUCAACAGCAGCUUGUGAGACACGCGGAAAGAUCGUCUGCACGCCCCACCAUCUUCUAGAACGACAAGACCAAAAAGCAAUGAAACGGUUGCUCUAA